AUGGAUUUACCUCUGGGAUUCAGAUUCCAUCCAACAGAUGAAGAAAUCAUAAUUCAUUAUCUCGUGAAGAAAGUUUUGGACAGAAGUUUCAGUGCAAGAGCCAUAGAAGAAGCUGAUCUAAAUAAGUGUGAACCGUGGGAUUUAGCUGGAGUUCUCAGCAGAAGUAAUCCAGGUGCAGAACUACCAAGAACGGACUCUUUCAAGGAACAAUAUUUCUUGGAUAGCCCUAAACUGCCACCAUUGAUGGAUGUUUCUUGUGGACCUAGUUCAAGCUUUACAACUGAAGAAGAAAGCAAAGUCAUCAAAGAAAAUUCUUUCUCAGCACUUCCAGAGCCAGAUCCCAAUUCUUAUAAUCAAAUUAGUAUUAUUCCUAAUUCAACUUUUCCAUGUCAAGCAUCAUUAGAUCUUCCUUUCCCGUACCAAGACAGGAUCAGUUCAAUGAUGAAGGCUUGGACAACCUUUCCCUUAAGAGAAUUUGAUCAAACUGGUUUAAGAAUUGUAGCGCAAAAUCAAGUACUGGAUCCUGGAAGAACUGCUUACAAGAUGGAACAAUUCUCUACGACAAAUUCUAUGGUUAGUGUUUCCCAAGACACGACCCGACUUGGCAUGGAAAUGGGCAAUGAGAUGACUACUGUGGCUUCGAAGGGUGAAACUGAAAGAGAGAAGCCAUUGGAUGACUUUGAGGGCAUUCCUUUCAGUCCCAGUAUUCCAAAUUUGGAUUACUCGUGGAUUUACUGA